AUGAUUGACGCUGGUCAGCUAAUCGUCUUUACUGGACUUUUUACUGCAUUUUUUGUAAAUUCCUUUUUAAUUUACUUGACAUUGUUUUAUAUCACAUGCAUCCGAGGAAUUUACAAAUAUAUGAUCGUAUGGUUUGCUUUCGGUUGUAUAAUUUUUGAUUUAACUGAAUUUAUUUCUCGUCCACACAUUCACAAUUUCAACGGCAGCUUAACAUACUUCAGUCACACAAUUCUUUCUGAAGAUUUUUUAUAUUUUUGGACUAUUUUCAUUGAUAUUUACGGCGGAAUGUACUGCUCUUUGAUUACUAUAAUUGCGGUGCAGUUCAUAUUUCGAUACGCAACUCUUCUAAAUGAUACGCGCAUUUUGCAAACUUUCAAAGGAAAAAUACUCUGGCUUUGGGUCUUACUUGUAAUUGGUGUUGGAGCACUAUUUUGUGUGACUCCUCUUAUUAUGUUACAGCCAGAUGAUUAUGCUGAUGAAUAUGUAAAAGAUGAAUUUCACCGCGUUUAUUCCAGAAAUAUUACAGAAAUUGCAAGAUUGAUCCUUGUAGCAUAUGAUGAAAACAACAAUUUUCGUUGGAAAAACUUAUCGUACUGUUUCAUAGGAGCCAUAAUUUUGAACAGUCUCUACUCAAUAAUUAUUUAUUGUGCGUUAAAAAUGCGACACAACUUAUUGAAACAAUUGGAACAUGUCUCACCGGAAUAUCGAAAACUUGAAAAUCAGUUUUUCAAAACAAUAAUAAUACAAAUCGCCCUUCCAACUAUCUUCCUAACAUUCCCAAUGAUGAUAUUAUUGAGCACGCCUAUUCUGAAUCUUGAAGUCAGUUUUAAUUCGAGUAUUUAUCAUUGGGGAAUCAGUUUUUAUCCGUCACUGGACAGUAUUGCUGUCAUGCUUAUUGUUUCUGAAUAUAAAGUGUGCAUUAGAAAAAUUUUCAAAUGUUCUAACACAGUCGACACCACUAAUCAAACUUCGUUAACAAAUUUUGCCUGAAUGUAUUUCGUUCAGGUUUUUUGUUUAGAAAAUACAUGUUGAUUAUCAUGUGCAAAUGAUGUUAAUUAUUUGCCUUUUUAUUGAAGUCCGUAUCACGUCAACUUUAAGCUUGGCCCGUUUUACCACUGUUGUUAUUCCAAGAACCAAUCAAUCUUAACUUUGCAAAAUUAGUUCCUUAUGUAAAUCGAUAGA